AUGUCUGAUUGGAAAGUGCGUUUCCGGCAGCUGCCGCUGCUGCUGCUAAUCUGUUUUGCACUAUUCUCCGACGAGGUUAUCGGAAACUUAAUACCGAAUCCCUGCCAGAAUGGUCAGGUUUAUGCCAAUGGCGUUUGCAGUCCCAUUAUUGUGAAUAUCUUCAAUGGCCUGUGCGGCGGUCAAACUGGUAUUCCUUGCAAUCCUGUAAAUACGGUGGUGGUUCCUGGUACCCCCGGUUGUCCCAAUGCUCCAGUGAAACCGGUAACUCCUGCUUGUCCGAAUGCUCCUCUAAAUCCUAUAGUGGAUCCGGCUACUCCUGUGGUUGUUCCUGGCAAUCCUGCCUGUCCAAAUGCUCCUUUAAAACCUACAGUAGUAGAUCCGGUAAUUCCAGCUUAUCCCAAUGAUCCUACGAAACCCAUAGUUGUUCCUGGUACUCCUGCAUAUCCCAGUGAUCCAUUGGAUCCUGCUUGUCCGAACGCCCCUUUAAAGCCUACAGUUGUGGAUCCUGUAGUGCCUGUAAAUCCUGAUUGUCCGAAUGCUCCUUUAAAACCUACAGUGGUGGAUCCAGUUACACCGGCCUGUCCCAAUGCUCCUGUUAAACCCACAGAGGUUCCUCCUUCUUGUCCUAAUAGUUGUCCUAAUAACUGUCCCAACAAUUGUCCCAAUCCCGGUAGUACCAAUUGCCCUAACAAUAGUACUCCUUGCCCUACUCCUUCAACAACACCUGCACCACAACCGAUCACUACACCUCCACCAAAUACUACACCCCAUCCGAAACCAACACCACCACCGGAUACCCUUCUCCGUUGUCCGGGAGGAACUAUCCUGGUAAGGGGCCAGUGCCGCCCACUUUACUGCGGAGGCCAUGGAAUUUACACCGACGGUCGCUGCAUCCAGGCCCGCUGUCCUGCAGGAUAUGCCUGGACGGGCAUCCGAUGCUCGAAGCCAAAGCCUGUGGAACUCGGUAACAUCCACAUCGAGAACACUGUCCACCAGUCGUCUGGAACUCAGCCCCAUCUGACCAACGACAAUGUGAACAACCUGCUGAUCAACGCCUCCAUCGCCAUUCAAGGUCAAACCUCCUCCGAGGAGGAGGAGGAUGAGGAGGAGGUGGGGAAUAUAGUGGUCCCCCAGCCGCCUUCAGGACCCUGCUGCAAUGUGUUUGCCCCCCGGAUUUGCACCACUCAGGCGGCUCAGGUGGGCUACAAGUGCUUCAGCCGCAGCCAGCAGCAGUGUGGUGCCUUCUGCAGUGCCAACAAGGUGGUGCUCACACCGCCCAAUGUGACCACCUGGACGGAGGCCAACUCCCAGAUGCUGGUCAUGCCACCCAAUUGGGCGGGCCAGAACUGCCAGUCCAUCGGCGGCAUCUGCCAGCAGGCUCAAAACUUUUACGACUGCAGCGGCUGUGCAUUGGGUAAUAUUUCGACCUGCUCCUCGUACUGCUACUCCUACAAGUGCAGCAACCACAACUGUGCCUAUUUCGAACAGUCCCAAUACUGCUCUCUGUAUCCUGGACAAAUCGGCUGCCGAGCGGCUGAUGGUUGGUUCCCCAGCCAGUAAAAUUCA